AAAGUAUGAAAGCGUAACUUUAGAAAGAGAGAAGAAUAUUCAAAACUUGGUUAGCGAGCUCAGCUCUCAUUAUCCAGAGUCAGUGACUUCUGACUCAGCUGAGAGAUGUGCCCACAAAAGAUGAGCUGAGCAAAAGUAAAGAAUUACGCUCAUUACUCGGAGUCAGUUCUAAAGAAAUGUUAACUGGAAUUUGGAAUCCAGCUUCUGGUUUCCAAUCUGCUGGUGGAAUCAGUAUUUGCAUUGCAUGCAGCUGGGUGCUCUUCUCCAGAAGCUUCCUUCCUUCCAGCAAUAUAUACAUAAUAGCUCUAGAAAAGUAAAUAACCCCUGUUAGCUGAUGAGCCAAUCUACCAAGUUCUGCAGAAUUUGUAGGCUCUUCCUUUCGUUUCUUUUAUUUCUUUUGUCUUUUGUUGUGAACUGAAUAGAAACUUCAUAUAUUAACUUUCCUUUUUAUUCUUUGCUUCCAUUUAAUGUGUGGCUGUGAGUUUUCUGGCCAAUAAAUAAUACUACAUGGUAAUGAGUUACCACAAUCCCUAAACACAUACCUUUAGUUUUAAUACCAUUAAAAUGUAAUUUAGUCAACCUGGUAAUGACUUACUAUCGUAAAAAGAAGAAGAAAAAAACCAAUUACUCUCAUGUCAAUGUCAUCCCCUGCUUGUAAUUUGUUACACAGAGGAUUGCAACCAAGGCAGACAUGGGAUUUGGAAAUCCUUUGGAAUGGUAGCAUGUUUGGGUGGUCUGAGCAACGAGGAAGUUUCCUUGAAGUUUUUGGAGAAUUUAAGAAAAAAAAAAAAUAGCAUUAUGGUGUCACCACAGCCCCAAUCUUCACCUCUUCUUAUUCCGCGACUCUGUCUGUCCUCCGGCGAAUUGGAACCAUGUUGUGUCCUACUCCUCCUCAGCAGCAGCAACCUCAAUCUCUGCAAGCCUUGGCACGCAGCCAGUCCUUGUGUCUUCGACAAUCUCAGUCUCCCCGGACUUCACAACGCUGCCGCUCUUUAAACUACAAUUCAGGAAACGAUGCAGAUUACAGUCCGGAUUUCUCAAACGCCACAAUUGAAUUUGUGAUCAAAGGAUUGAAUAGUUUGAACAUUAAGAAGAACCUCAGCAGGUUGCCUUUGCUCAGCAAAGGUUCGCAUGAUGACAACAGCAACCAUUACAAGCAACAAUACCAGACGACAGGAUCUGACGAUUCCAACCCCACCGAGUCGCUUUUACUGAGCGUUAGUCCCCAUGCUGACACUGACCAAGACGAGCUGGGCAAUGUAACAAGGGUAGUGUUUCAGGGCUCUGUAGAUUCCGAUCCGAGUGUGUCUCCUUUACCUUGCAUUAGUACCCAAGCUGAUACUGACUAUGAUGGGCGAGACAGUGCGGGAUCUGAUGACAACCUCAGUGACUCGCUUUUACCAAGCAGUAUUCCUCGCAUUAGCACCGACUAUGACGAACCGGGCAAUCCGGCAGUGGGCCCUUCUGGUUCAAAUCCUAGUGAGUCUGCAGCAAUUAACAUUGGCUGGCAGGAUGAACAUAAUGAUUUUGGCCAGCCACAUCACAGGACAAGGGUAACUGCCUUAGAGUUGACCUUUAUGCUCGUUGGUUUCAACCUAGAAAUAUUGUCAGCCGGUUUCGAUCAGGUUUCCUCCACAAGUAAGCCUCGUUAUGCACUGAUCAGUUUGCUGUUGGCCGUUGCGGCUGUGUUUACUUGCAUCUGGGAGCUCAUUUAUAAUGGUAUGAAGGAGAGAGAUGCAUCUCCGAAUAGCACGGUUUUUGGUACGUUGCCUGACAUUUUCGGAUUGGGACUUGCUGUGAUUCAAUGUGUUUGCUCGGCAGUGCAGUAUUAUUUCCUCCAUCAUCAUCAUAGUAAUCCAAUGAAACUGUCCCCUGUGCCUCUCUUUUUCUUCAGCUGUUUGGUGGUUUUGAAAUUAAAAGGAAACUAGGGCCACACUGCAUAUAUAUUCAGACGCUAAAGCUUAUGACAGUAGGCAAUAUGUUUCCUGAGUUCUGUAUACGUAUCGAUUACGAAUGCAAAAUAGGAAGCAUGAGAAGUAUUUAUCUACUUUGUUCCCUGGAUCCAUGCAUACUUCUGGAAAUUUCACUUUAUUGUGUUUGUGUAUGUUCUGAUGAGUUUGUCUUUCUCUGUUAGGCUUUAUUGUGUUUGGCUUUUAGUCAUCCAAAAGAGUAAAUUUUUUUUUUUUUUUUUUU